AUGGGUAUUGACUGUUGUAAUUGGGAUGGUGUCACUUGUGACCACUUCACUGGUGAUGUCAUUGCUCUCAACCUUAGUUGUGGCAUGCUACAAGGUACCAUCUACCCUAACUCCACCCUUUUCAACCUUCCUCACCUCCAAAGACUCAACCUUGCUUUCAAUAAUCUUAAUGGUUCCCAACUUCCACGUGAGAUUGGAAGGUUUUCUAAUAGUAUCACACAUUUCAACGUAUGUUAUUGUGGGUUUAUAGGCCAAGUUCCUGCAGAUGUCAUACUUCUUGGUAAAUUGAUGUCUCUUGAUCUCUCUUGGAAUGAUUUGAAGCUUCAACCUCAGGUUUUCUAUAAUCUCCUCCACAAUUUUACUAGUUUGGAAAAGCUUUCACUUAGAGGUGUCAAUAUCUCGUCAACUUUACCUACUUAUAUUAAUACCUCUUUUCUGAAAUCUCUCAAGCUUAAGUACACCAAUUUGCGAGGGAAACUACCUGAAAAUAUCUUCAAUCUUCCCUAUUUGGAAGAACUAGAUAUGUCCUUCAAUGACCUCGUUGAUCGGUUUCCUAAAGUUAACACGAGUAUUAGCAUCCCCCUCAAGUGGUUAGAUCUCUCAUACACCAACUUAUCCGGUGAAAUACCCAAAUCAAUUAGCCAUCUCAAGUCUUUAAAUCACUUGGUUCUCUCUCACACCAACUUAUCAGGAGAAAUCCUCGACUCAAUCAGCCAUCUCAAGUCUUUGAAUUACUUGGAUCUCUCGUACAUCAAGUUAUCAAGAGAAUUACCCAAAUCAUUUUGCCAUCUCAAGUCUUUGAACACCUUGCUACUCAAUUCUUGUGGUUUGAUGGGUCCCUUUCCCAAAUCCCUCUUUAACCUUAGGAACCUUACUAGGCUAGAUUUAUCAUCUAACAAGCUUAAUGGAACAUUGCCUUCUUCGUUAUCCACCCUUCCUUUCCUAGAAGCUCUUUAUCUCCAACGCAACAUAUUCAGUGGGAGCUUACCAUCAGAAUUAUUUGCCAUACGAUCAUUGAAGAGAUUAGCCCUUGAGCAUAAUCAAUUUGUUGGGGAUAUUAAUGUGCUUGAUCAAGGCUCCUUUAUGCAAAUACUUCGACAACUCGUCAACCUCACUCGCAUUAACCUCUCAUAUAACAAUUUUACCGGUGUAUGGGAUUUGGAUACAUUGUUAUCAAGCCUCACAAACCUUGAAAAACUUGGUCUUUCUUACAGUGGCUUAUCUGUUGUGACCAACAAUGAUACUCAUUUCAUUAACCCUAAUUUCUCCGUCUUAUCUUUGGCAUCUUGCAAGCUAAAGGUGUUCCCAAAGUUCUUAGGAGCCAUGAAAUAUCUUGAACAUUUAGAUCUAUCUAACAAUGAAAUCAGUGGCCACAUUCCUGAAUGGGCAGGGGUGAUGGGAGGAAAUGAGUUGGUGUAUUUGGAUCUUUCACAUAACUUGAUAACAGGUUUGCCACAAUUUCAGUGGAAUGGAUUAGAAUAUUUCUCUGUGCAGUCCAACUUGAUUCAGGAGACAUUCCCUCGAUCGAUUUGCAAUAUGAGCAAGCUAAAGUAUUUAGAUAUGUCAAAUAAUAGCUUUAGUGGAGUGAUUCCACAAUGCUUGGGUAAAAUCAUCACAACUCUUAAGAUGAUACAUAUGGGGAACAAUCAUUUUCAUGGUACCAUUCCAUACGCAUACAAGGAUUGUGGACAAUUAGAAGGGCUUAUUUUGAAUGGAAAUCAGUUAGAAGGAGAGGUUCCGAGUUGGUUGUCGAAAUGUCAAUCCUUAAAGGUGCUUGAUUUGGGAAACAACCACUUAAAUGGUACAUUCCUUCACUGGUCCUCACAUCUUUCACAUUUGCAGGUUCUUGUCCUCAAAUCAAACAAGUUCCAUGGAAGACUUUCUAUGAUUCAACACCCAUUUCCUAGUCUCAAAAUCCUUGAUUUGUCUCAAAAUGAGUUUGUAGGCCAUCUCCCUGGAUUUUUUUUUCAAAAUUUUGAUGCCAUGAAGAAUGUGGUAAAGAAAGACUCAAAACCUGAAUAUAUGACCCCUGGUUAUGGCAAGUUUUACUCAAUUGUUGUUGCGGUGAAAGGUGUGCUACUCUCGUUUCCCCAAAUUCUUGUUGACUACACGAUUGUUGAUCUAUCCAAUAACAUAUUUGAAGGGGAGAUUCCAGAUGUCAUUUGUUAUCUUAACUCUUUGAAAGUGCUUAACUUAUCCCACAAUCACCUCCGUGGUCGAAUCCCAUAUGCUCUAGGAAAUCUCUCGGAGAUCGAGUCACUAGACCUGUCUUGGAACUGGCUAACAGGACAUAUCCCUCAAAGUCUUGCAGAUAUCACGGAUCUUGCAGUCUUAAAUCUCUCACAAAACCAUCUCAUGGGUCGUAUUCCAAGCGGAACAUAA